GGCAGGUGAGCUUCUCCGCCAGCCAGAGUCAUCUGCAAGGCCACCUCCAGCCUGUGCCCUGGGGUGGGAACCAGCAGGGAGCCUGGAGCCCCCUGCCCUGCGUCUGUGCCCGGAGCCUGCCGACAUGCUGUUCCUGCUGGGCAGCUCUCGGAGGUGCUUCUGGACCCUCCUCCUCCUGACCCUGGGCGUGUUUCUGCUGGCCGGCCUCCUGCGCGUGGACACCGACACGCUCGCACCCCUGCUCGGGGGCCGGGCUGAGGGGCACCCCGUCACCAACGUCAUGUUCCUCAAGACGCAUAAGACCGCCAGCAGCACGGUGCUCAACAUCCUCUUCCGCUUUGCCGAGACGCACAACCUGUCCGUGGCGCUGCCUGCUGGCUCGAGGUUCCACCUGGGCUACCCCUGGCUCUUCCUGGCGCGCUAUGUGGAGGGCGCUGGGCCGGACGGCUCACAGCGGCGCUUCAAUGUCAUGUGCAACCACCUGAGGUUCAACCUGCCAGAGGUGCAGAAAGUGGUGCCGAACGACACCUUCUACUUUUCCAUCCUCAGAAACCCCGUCUUUCAGCUGGAGUCCUCCUUCACCUACUACAGAAGUUACGUGCCCGCCUUCCGGGCCGCGCCGAGCCUGGACGCCUUCCUGGCCGCCCCGCACACCUUCUACAACUGGAGCCAGAGCCUGAACAACGCCUACGCGAGGAACCACAUGUGGUUCGACCUGGGCUUCGACCCCGACGAGCUGGCCGCAGAAAGCCACGUGCGCGCGCGUCUGGCCGAGGUGGAGCGGCGCUUCCAGCUGGUGCUCAUCGCGGAGCACUUCGACGAGUCCAUGGUGCUCCUGCGGCAGCGGCUGCGCUGGCGGCUGGACGACGUCGUCUCCUUCAGGCUCAACUCGCGCAGCCAGCGCAGCGUCGCCAGCCUGACGCCCGAGAGCCAGGAGCGCGCCAAGCACUGGUGCGCCUUGGACUGGCGCCUCUACCAGCACUUCAACCGCACCUUCUGGGCCUCCGUGCGCGCGGAGCUGGGCCCUCGGCGGCUGCGCGCGGAGGUGGCGCGGCUGCGCGCACGGCGGCGCGAGCUCAUGGGCCUGUGCCUGCAGGACAGCGUGCCCAAGAACAAGACGCAGAUCGCGGACCGAAAGCUGCUGCCCUACCAGUCGGGCGAGGCCGACAUCUUGGGCUACAACCUCAGGCAGGGCCUGGACAACGAGACGCUGCGCAUGUGCCAGAGGAUGGUUAUGCCGGAGCUCCAGUACAUGGCCCACCUGUACUCCCUGCAGUUUCCGGAAAAGCCCCCCAAGGACAUCGCCUUCCUGGAGGCGUAGCCUCUCGGUGUGACGCCAGCCCCUCUGCAGUCCUCCUGCCAGGCCGCGCGCUCCGCCUCAGGCUUGGGGCGGGGCUCCUGGGGCAUCGGGAGUCCCUGCCCUGCCGGACCCCAGGUCUUCCAGGUGAGCCCCGCCCCCCCCCCCCCCACCGUGAGGAACUAGCAGAGACCCACCCUCUUGGCCAGGGCCCCACCCAUGGACAAUAAGUACAGGCGAUGUGUGAGGGCACCAACCCGUUCAUCAAGGAAGAAAGUCUCACAACGCAGGAGAGCGAGGGAGAUGGACCUGGCAACAACCCGGUGCUUGUCAGAGGGAACCCGUGUGGACCCGCCGCCCUUCGGAAGGACAAACCCGGCGGCUUCGGAGGGGCCAGCGCAGCAGGGCCGUGCGUGGGUCUCCGACGGAGCGCGGAUCGGCUCCCCUGCACCUGCCAGCGCUGCCACCAACGGCUGUGGAGGCGGCGCUGGA